AUGGACUCAGAAAGAAUACUGGCCAUGAAAAGAAAAGAACUGGACUCAGAAGAAGGACUGGACACAGAAAGAGACUGGAACUCAAAAAGAAUAACUGGACUCCGAAAGAAGGACUGGAAAAACCCCUUCCCAAGAAAAAAAGAAAUGACUGGGACACAGAAAGAAGCUGGACUCAGAGAGAAGAACUGGACACAGAAAGAAGACCUGGACUUCAGAAAGAAGACGGGACACAAAGAAAGAAGCUGGACAACAGAAAGAGACGGACUCAGAAAAAGACUGGACUCCAGAAAGAAGGAACUGGACACAGAAAUGAAGACUGGCUCAGAAGAAGCUGCAGCACAGAAAGAAGACUGGACUCAGAAAGAAGAUGGACACAGAAAUAAAGAACUGGUACUCAGAAGAAGGGACUGGACACAGAAACGGAAGACUGGACACAGAAAGAUAGAAACUGGAAACCUCAGAAGAAGAACUGGACCCUCAGAAAGAAGGACUGACACAGAAAGAAGACUGGACACAGAAAAAGAAGACUGGACUCAGAAGAAGACGGGACACCGAAAGAAGACGGGACACAAAAGAAUACGGGACACGAAAGAAGGACUGGACUCAGUAAAGAAAAAGACUGGACUCAGAAAGACGACGGGAACCAGAAAGAAGACUCAGGGACACAGAAGGAAGACUAGGACUCGGAAAGAAGAACUGGACACAGAAAGAAGACUGGAACUCAGAAAGAAGUCUGGAACACAGAAAGAGACUGAUUCAGAAAGAAAGACUGGACACAGAAAAGAAAGAGCUGGACUCCAGAAAGGGAAAGAACCUGACUCAGAAAGAAGGAGCUGGACACAGAAAGAAGAAACUGGACCUCGAAAAGAAACGGGGACACAGAAAGAAGACUGGACUCAGAAAGAAGAAACUGGACUCAAGAAAAACUGGACUCAGAAGAAAGAACUGGACUCCUAG